AGCAAACCCCUCUUAACUCUCUCACCUAACUUGAGUUACACACUCCCGCAUCAAUUUGCAGCUUAAGAUAGCUAUGGACAUGGUGAUGAGGUUAAUUAAUGAAAAGCCAGUGGUGAUUUUCAGCAAGAGCUCUUGUUGCAUGAGCUACACCAUUCAGACACUAAUAUGCAGCUUCGGUGCAAACCCAACUGUUUACGAGCUCGAUCAAAUGUCAAAUGGACAGCUUAUUGAAAGGGCAUUGCUGCAACAAGGAUGUCAACCAAGUGUACCAGCUGUGUUCAUCGGCCAAAGACUAGUUGGUGGUGCUAAUCAGGUGAUGUCUCUCAACCUGCAGAACGAGCUAGGCCCUCUGCUCGUAAACGCUGGAGCUAUAUGGAUUUGGAAGAAAAAGUAGCUCGCUUCCCAUAUCCAACUCAGAUGCUUAUAUACAUACAUAUAAUACGUGAGUUUGCUAAUUACUAUUUUCUUCUUCCUCCAGUUCUUGUUGUCGUAAGUACUAUAUAUAUUAAAUGAGAAGUAUUUGCACGUACGGCUAGAUGCUUUGAGAAUCUUUAGCACUUCUUCUUGGGUUUGAGAAAGAUCACUCAAUUUUUCUUCUUCUGAGUUCCUCAGGAACUUGUAAUAUGGGGUUCAAAAUUCGUGUAGGGAGAAAAAUGUGUUUUCAUUUUCCCUUUUGAAGUGAUCCGUGCAGGUCAUAAAUUAAUAUUGGA